UGGUUCGACCUCACCCUCCUGGGCGGGGCUAGCGGCUCCGCGGCCAAUAGGACGGUGGCGUUGGGACGGACGGCGCGUUGUGGCGGCAACCGGCCCCGGAAACAGGAUCAUGGCAGAGGUUCAUGUCAUCGGGCAGAUCGUGGGGGCCAGGGGCUUCCCCCAGCACUGCCUCUUCUGCAAGUGGGGGCUGUACGCCAGCGGCGCCUGGAAACUGCUUUCGGGGUUGGGGUCCAGGCAGACGCAGGUGGACGAUCCCCAGGCAGACGACAUGGCUUAUUGGUGUCACCCCCUCGAUGUCCAUUUUGCCACUAAGGGGCUGCAAGGUUGGCCCAAGCUGCACCUGCAGGUCUGGCACCAGGACAGACUGGGGUGCAGCGAGGUGCUGGGUUACGGUUUUUGCUACGUACCGGCCACCCCGGGCCACGCGUUGGCCUGUGUCACCUGGCGCCCACGGGGGACCUGGCGGGAACAGUUGUGCCAGCGUUUGGUGGGGGGGGGACCCCAACUCCGAAACCCCGAAGCCGUCGCUGCUGGUGCCGCCGAUCACUUCUGCCUGCGUACCGAGGCCACUGGCACCGUCCACCUGCAGCUGGGUGUCCUCCUCCACCAUUUUGGCCGUUACGGCGUCGAGUGCUAACGGGGUGGGGGGACAGGAUGCCAUGGUCGUGUGUGUCCCCCCCCGGGAUGGGACGUUUGGGGUUCCCCCCCAGGCCAGGACGUCAGGGUCCCCUGGGGACGGGGAUGCCAGGAUCCCCCAGGGACAGAGGGGACGGGGUCCCCUGGGGCUGGGACAUGGGGGUCCCUGAGGGAGGGGGAGAUGGGGUCCACGGGGGAUGAGAUACUGGGGUCCCCCGGGGACAGGGUCCCCCCCCAGGAUGGGACAUGGG